AUGGCUCUCCCAAAGUACAGUCCGAGCACCUCGGCCGGCUCAGACGAGGGCUCUUUAAAUGAUGAUUCCUCGGACCGGAGCGUCGACAAUGGAGCUCUGCUUGAGGUCAGCCCAGAGCCAGAAGGCGAAGCCGUGGAGGAUACGACCGAGAAUAUGGAUUCCAGAGCGUAUCAGCUAGAAAUGUUCCAGAGGAGUUUGAAGGAGAAUGUUAUUGUUGCUAUGGAUACAGGAAGCGGCAAAACACAGGUGGCUUUACUAAGGAUUAAUGCUGAAUUAGAAAGAGGGCCUCAGAAAAAGCUCAUAUGGUUUCUGGCCCCUACAGUUUUGCUCUGCGGGCAGCAAUGCGACAUAAUUCGACUCCGGUUUCCCUCUUAUCCAACGAAAAUGUUGACGAGCCAGGACAAUGUAGACGCAUGGUCUCCCAAGAUCUGGAAAAGGGUCUUAAAAAGUUUCCGUGUUGUCGUAUCAACUCCGCAAAUCCUAUACGACGCACUCUCACACUCCUAUCUUGACAUCAGCAGGCUUUCUCUGAUUAUUUUUGACGAAGCACACAAUUGUUCAGGUAACAGUGCGGGUGGGAAGAUUAUGAAAGACUUCUACCACCCCCAGAAACAGAAAAAUAAAUCCAUACCGUCAAUUCUCGGGCUUACAGCAAGCCCUGCUGUCUCAAAAAAGACAAAAGGAUUUGAACUUCUUGAGGAGACGCUGGACUCUCGAUGUGUCACCCCUACAAUCCAUCGAGAAGAGCUUCUAAAAUGGGUAAACAGGCCAAAGAUUUCUCAUAUCGAGUAUACUUUGCCCGUUGACGAAGUGUACACGUCCGCAAUAUCCUCUUUAAUGGAUGUGUAUGCCCAAAUGGAUAUCAAAGAGGACCCUCGGGUCAGGAUGCUGGCUGCAGAUCCCACUGACAGGAACCGUCGGUUGCUCGAAGACGCCGUAAUGAAAAACAACACCAAUUCCCAAACCCAGUUCAGGAGACUGUUGGCCAGGAGCUUGGAAAUUGCUCUUCAGCUUGGGCCCUGGGCAGCCGACCACUACCUUUCCAGAGUCAUCGAAGAGUACACAGUUAAGGCCAAGGAAUCUCAUGACUACUUCGACGACUGGCUCCAAGAGGAAAAGAAAUACAUUACGGAACUACUCAGUAAGGUCCAAGUGGCACCCCCUAUUGAACAACCGCGACCAGAAGAUAUUUCCGUCAAGGUCAAGAAGCUCGUAAAGGAACUUCUUUCAAUCGAGGAAUCGCCCGUGGGCAUCAUUUUUGUGAAGGAAAGAGCGACCGUUUCCAUUCUUUGCGACUUACUCGGAACCUACACGGAUAUUGCGCACAAAUAUCGCAUAGGAACUGUGGUUGGAACCUCGAGCUACCAGAAUAAAAAGCGAACCAUCUACGAUUUCUUCAGCGAGAUUGACCUUUCAGUUCUGCAGAAGUUUCGUUCGGGGAAAAUUAAUCUUCUCAUUGCAACAAGCGUCUUAGAAGAAGGCAUCGACGUGCCAGCCUGCAAUCUCGUCAUCUGUUUCGACCAACUGGACACAAUAAAGUCCUUUAUACAACGCCGAGGACGAGCAAGGAUGCGAGAAUCUCGCCUGACUCUCUUUCUUGAAAAGUCGAGCAAAGUGGUGUCGAAAUGGGAGGAUGCAGAGGAAGAAAUGAAGCGCCAAUGUCAGGAUGAAGAAAGACAAGUCAAGAGAGUGAAAACUAUUGAAUCACAAGAGGAGUCGAAUAAAGGAUGUUUCAUUGUUAAGUCGACCAACGCACGGCUUGACUUCGACAAUGCAAAGCAGCACUUGGAGCACUUUUGCCGAAACUUAUCGAGAGGCGAGUUCGUUGAUGCGCGGCCCGAUUACAUCGUGCACCGCAGCUCCGAGGAGUUGGGAUGCGAUCUCACCGCCACAGUUUUACUUCCACCGUUCCUUCCUGCAGAAUUACGAACUGCUCAUAGCAAGAACGCUUGGAAGUCUGAGAAGAACGCUACAAAAGACGCAGCUUUUGAAGCGUAUCUGGCUAUAUACAAGGCUGGCCUUCUAAGUGAACAUCUGUUGCCCUUUAGCCGAGAGCAGAUUCCGGGUGUUGAGGCAAGGGCUCCGACUGCGGAUGUCGAAUCAUCCUUCACCCCAUGGAAGGAAGUUGUUCGCGCCUGGGAGGCAAAUGCGGGACAGUGGGUGUAUACCUUUACAUGCGUUACAGACAAGGGCGACUCCCUUGGAGAAUACGAUAUCAUCCUCCCAGUCCAGCUCAGUCAAAUCAGGCCGAUUCAAAUAUAUCGCGACUAUAGUACAAUUUGGACGAUUCAUUCUAGCCCCGGGAGAUUCAUCUCAAACGAGGAAGCGGCUCAGUUGCCGGAUCAUACGAUAACCUUGCUGAGCCUCAACUUUGCACAUCGUUGGGAGGUCAGAGAUGAACCAAAUGUGAUCAAGACUGUAGUCAGAGAGAUGGACAUCAAGCUCGAUCAGAUUGGGUCCGAAAAACUUGAGGACCAUUGGAAGGCCAUCGAGGACCAUGAGUUCUUGAUCCGAGAUCCCGGAGGCAUGCCGUUUUUCUACCUUUCUACUCUUCCCUCGAAGCCACCCGGAGAGAAAGUCCAACACAGAUUCAAGGGAUUCGAAGAGGCCGAGACCAAUGUGCCAUAUUUGGUUCUCGACCGUUGGACAAAGCGAGCGGAUUUCCUUCACCCUUUACUGUCGGACGCCCCCGAGCCCGUUAAACCAUACCCUUGGGUUCUUCCAUACCCCAGCGCGAGGGUAGACUCCAUCCCAGUCAAAUUUGCGACAUUCGGCAUGCUGUUGCCCACUAUAAUUCAUGAGAUUGAAGUUCAGUUGACAACGAAACAUUUAGCCGCCACGCUGCUUGAACCAUUGGCUUUCUCAAACCUUGACUUGAUCAGAGAGGCCAUUAGUUCGAAGGCAGCCCUUGAACCCCUUCAUUAUGAACGCCUGGAAUUUCUUGGGGAUUCGAUUUUAAAAUACUGUGCAGCGGUUCAGGUCUCCGCACUACAUCCCGAAUGGCCAGAAGGUUAUCUUUCCGCUUUCAAAGACCGACUGGUGUCUAACUCGAGGCUGUCCAAAGCCGCACUUCAAAAAGGUCUCCCGAAAUUCAUUCUGACGGAGUCAUUCACUGGACUAAAAUGGCGCCCGUUGUAUCGUUCCGACUUCCUCCAGGGCGAGGUCGCGAAUCCAAGCCAAGGACGAACUCUGUCUACCAAGGUAUUGGCAGAUGUCGUUGAAGCACUGAUGGGUGCAUCGUACCAUGACGGCGGCAUCGACAAGGCCUGCCAGUGCAUAUGCCUUUUCAUCGACGAGAAGUGGCCUUCCGUUGAUGUUGCGCGCAGAUCGCUGUAUGAAAGUCAGCCCAACAUAGUGAGAGAAAUACCAGCCUUCGCCACGUUGGAGGAGAUACUGAGCUACUCUUUCCAAAAGAAAUCGUUACUGGUCGAGGCAAUGACCCAUGCCUCCUACGUCAUAGCUAAUGGCUCGAGAUCUUUGGAGAGACUUGAAUUCCUCGGGGAUGCUAUUCUUGACAAGAUCGUCGUCACGAAGCUGUUUGCGCUGGAUCCUCCUCUGCCCCAUGACCGAAUGCACACACUGAAAACGACACUCGUCAACGGAGACUUCCUCGCUUUUAUCGCCAUGGAGAACGGUAUCCGCCAGGAAGAGACGGUGGUUACUGAGGAUCUGGAGGUUGUCCCUGAGAAGGGAAUCAUACCCCUCUGGAAUUUCAUGAGGCACUCAUCAACAACUAUCGGACUGGAGCAGGCGGCAGUGGCCCAAAGGCACCAGAACUCCAGAGAGGAGAUUAUCCAGCUUUUCAAAACUGCAGAUCGCUAUCCCUGGGCCGAGCUUGCUCGGAUCCAACCCCGAAAGUUCUUUUCUGACAUUAUUGAGGCUUUGAUUGGUGCCGUCUGGGUUGAUUCCGGGUCUAUCGAGGUCUGUGCCGCGGUCGUGGAGCGGCUGGGCAUCUUCACCUAUCUUGAACGCUUCGUGAGAGACAACGUUGAGGUUAUGCACCCCAAAGAGUUGAUUGGCAAGCUUGCUGGAACAGAAAAGGUCAAAUAUGAGGCUUCGUUUGAGGAAAACAAGGACGGCGAUAAUGUGUAUUCGUGCAAGCUGUAUGUUGGCGGGCGGCUUGUGGCGGAAGUUGAUGGGUCGGUGAGCAGGGAGCACAGUAAGACUGCCGCUGCUACGGAGGCUGUCAAGGCCUGGCCUCGUGACGAGGAUACGAUUAUGACUGAAGCCGGGGCGAUAGCGUAG